GAAAGAGAGAAGGGAGAUGUAGUAAAAAAGGCAGGGUUGUUUUCAUGUUCCCUCUCUGUAGAGAACUGUGUGUGUGGAAAAGAAAGAGGGAUUUUUUAAAGAAAUAAAGAGAGAACGAAAAGAGAGAAAUUGCUUUCAGUUGCUACAAGUUAAACUGGAUUUUUCUAAAAGCAUUCCAGCAGUUUGAGGAGUUUCUCAGAUCAGCAUCUUGCAAGAAGAUUUUGGACAAGGACUCUGCUCAGAGAUUACACUGACCUUUGAUGAAGACGUGGGAUCACUCUUUUUGAGAUCUAAUUCAGUGGCUUUGACACUGAAUGUUUCAUUUUCAUGCAAAAUCCUUGAUUCCUUUCACACUUUUCUCACCAAAAUAUUUUUUAAGUUACUUUUUAGAUUAAUUUCAGCAUCUCCUCAAGAGGAUAUAUGAAUUUCAGAGACAUUUGUUUUGCUCCCUACAAUCUUUAAGGUAAAAUUACAUUGUCUGCACAAUUUGGAGAAAGUGUGGGGAGAAAACAAAACAACAGAUAUUUAUGAUUUACUUUUUUAUUUUGAAGAGAUCAUUUUGACUGACUAUUUACACUUUGAUUUAUUUAUCAUUGAAAACACAGCUUUUGACGUUGGCUGUUAAAUUUGUGGUUGAUAAGAUUUAAGUUAAGCUUCUUGUCAAUCAAUAUUUUUUAGACCAUAGCUGAAUUUUCUAACAGAUUUACCAAAGUGCUGUUAUAAAGUAAGGGUAGGUUUUAAUUUUUUUUGCAUUCAGCUCAAAGAGGGAGAAAGAAGAAAAAAAAUACACACAGAUGGCUCAGAAAGACGGAGGAACAGAGCAGGGGUGCAUUAAAACAGAGGACAGUUUAGGGGCCAAAACAAUGGUUGGGGCCCCCUCAGCUGGUGGAGGAGUGGUGGUGGAAGUUCGGGAGAAGAAGGGACCUCUGCGGGCUGCAAUACCCACAAUGCCUUUCCCCGUGGCUGUCAUUUGUCUUUUCCUAAACACCUUCAUACCUGGGCUUGGAACUCUGGUCUCGGCGUUCACUGUGCUGUGUGGAGCGCGCAGCGAGCUGAUCUCAGAGCGAGGCAUGUGCUGUGUGUUCUGGCUCAAUGUGGCAGCCGCCCUCAUCCAGAUCCUGACAGCCGUUAUAAUGGUUGGAUGGAUCAUGAGCAUCUUCUGGGGAAUGGACAUGGUCAUCCUGGCGAUUUCUGAAGGUUGUAGAGACCAGGGUAUCCCUCAAGAUGUCUGAGACACGUCUUUUUCAAACACAUUGAUGGAUCCAGUUAAGAUUCAGCAGUAAAACUACAGUGAAGGAAAACAGUGACUUUUACGGUGAUAAUGAGUUCACAGCAAUGUGUGUCAGAGAUGUUAAAGAAUAAAAAGACUGGACAUCAGACUGAAUUUUUUUUAUAUGAACAUAAUUUGGAUAUUAAAAAUAUGAUUUUGUUUUAUUUAAGAGAGAAUUUAGUGUGUUUUUAAAAUUUUAGGCUUUCAUGUUUUGUUGGAAUAAACUCGGUGUUAAUGUUUCAGCAUCUUUCAUUUGCAAGAUAAAAUAAAAUAAAAAAUCAACUAAAGUUGUGAAUCCAAAAAGGCCAUUUUUAUAUAACCAUAAAAACUUUGAAACUAAAAUUUGUUUAUCAUGGGCUUAACAUUGGUGUCCACUGAUGACCUGGAAAUUGAGUGAAUAAAUGUCACAUUAAUUUGCAAAAAAAAGUGUCUCUCUCAACUGAAACAUCUAUAUAAUGCAGAAGUUCAGAAGUUGUAUUUCAUAAAAAUAAAUAAUUUUUAUAAUAACAUAACCACUUAGUAUAUAUACAUUUUUUUAGAUUUUAGUUCUUGUUUAGACACAUAUUUCCAAAAUGACUCAUCUUUCCUCAAAUGCUUCUAUUUUCCUCACAUCCUAAAUGUGUAAAUCCUUGCCAGUGGGAUCUAACACAUUUUUCAAGCUUCAAAACUAAUUAAUUAACAAGUCUCAAAAUACCAACUCGAGCUGUUUACUUGGGCCACAAAACUGUCUUCC